UUUGGAAAAUACAAUCUUGGGCUUCGCACCGUGACACCAAGUAUUAUCCCGCCGUGAAUGCUUCGUCGUAUGCUAUCCGUAAAGCGUAAGAGGUAACGCUGUCGGAUCUUGCGUUGUGGCACGUUGCAAAAUCUUUGUCGAUGAUGAAAAUGGUAUGCACAGACCACUAAACGUGAACGCGCGAGCGCGACUGCCAUUUCGUACGCGUCGCGCGUUCCACUUUAACAUCUACUCCACAUCCUCACCACAAGCACCACCCCACUUGCAACAGUACCAAUUAUGGCGGACUUUUUCAACAUCAAGGCGCGACAGCAGGCCGCUGCGCAGGCCAGCUCAUCCAAAGCUCCCGCGAGCAAAGCAGUGACGAACCGAUUACAACCUUGGGUGGAGAAAUACCGUCCAAAGACGCUCUCCGAAGUCACGGCCCAGGAUAAUACCAUCCAAAUCCUCUCUCGCACCCUCCAGUCCACCAACCUCCCGCACAUGCUCUUCUACGGCCCUCCCGGCACGGGAAAGACGUCCACAAUCCUCGCCCUCGCGAAGCAGCUCUACGGCCCCGAACUCAUCAAAACGCGCGUGCUCGAGCUCAAUGCCUCCGACGAGCGCGGUAUCUCCAUCGUUCGCGCAAAGGUGAAGGAUUUCGCACGGCAGCAGCUCUCAUCGGCGCCGACGCACAGCAUCACGGUAGAAGACGAGAGCGUAGAAGGAGGCUUCAAGCAGGUGCGGUACCGGGACCGGUAUCCGUGCCCGCCGUUCAAGAUCAUCGUGCUGGAUGAGGCGGACAGCAUGACGCAGGAUGCGCAGAGCGCGCUGAGGCGGACGAUGGAGACGUACAGCAAGAUGACGAGAUUCUGCUUGGUGUGCAACUACGUAACGAGGAUCAUCGAUCCGCUCGCAUCGCGAUGCUCGAAGUUCAGGUUCAAGAGCUUGGAUCAGGGGAAUGCGGUGAAGCGCGUGGAGGACAUUGCGAAGCUUGAAGGAGUGAAUCUCGAUGCGGGAGUGAGCGAGGAGCUUGUGCGUGUAGCUGAAGGCGAUCUGAGAAAAGCUAUCACGUUCCUGCAGUCUGCAGCGCGGCUGGUGGGCGCGGCGCAAAAAGAGGCCGCCGCGGGAGGCAAGCGAAAGGCGCACGCUGUUAUGGAUGAUGACGACGAAAUGGACAUUGACUCAGCAGCUCCCUCCGCUGCUGCCGUCUCAAAAGUACACAUUGCAGAGAUCGCGGGCGUCAUCCCCGAGACCACCCUUGAAUCGCUCACAUCCGCCAUCUUCCCCGGCUCUCAAUCACAAAUACAGUAUACCAAGAUAGCAAAGGUGGUGGAGGAUAUGAUAGCAGAGGGAUGGAGUGCCGCACAGACAGUUGGGCAGCUGUACGAGAGGGUAUUAUUCGAUGAGCGGGUGGGCGAUCUGCAGAAGAUGAGGAUCACGGGUCUAUUCAGCGAGGUGGACAAGAGGUUAGGGGAUGGAGGAGACGAGCAUCUGGCCGUGUUAGACCUGGGCCUGCGGAUUAGCGGGGUGCUGUGCCAGGGCUAGGCAAUCUUGAAGACGAGCGAUCAGAGCAUUAGGAAGGCGCGUGGCGUUUGGAGAAGAUCAGAAGAUAUCUAAUAUCACGACUACGUCGAGUUUAGCAAGAGCUCUUCCUGUUGCGCCGUACCUUGCAUCUGCAUGUCUGGUCUUCGCACGCGGCUCAGCAGCCUGUGUCCAAGAUGCUCGUGUCGAUGCAGGAGGCUGUGGUCCACGUCUCAGCCAAUGAUGCCUCAAAGCCGCAACUUGCUUCCUCGGCUCAAGCCCUCGACGUCUGGCUCCCACGUCUACGCGAAGGCGCAGAUCACGACUUGCAGGGGUACCCCGC